GAUCAGUGUAGGGCGUCCCGAGGGAAGCGUACGUGUGUCACGAACGUAGACGGAGUCACGGAGCAUGGGACGAGUCUUCCUCCCGUUUAGGAUAAGAUCAGGAUAACAUUUUAUUUCCUUCUAUCGAGACAUUCCGCAUCUCUUUUUUCUUGCUUCGAUUUUAAUGCUAUUUAUUUUGUCUCGACAUAUUAAUAUUGUAUGCACAGACAACGGAAAUCACAACUCUGCUUUUUCUUCUUUCAAUUAAAUUAAAAAAAGGGAAAAAGAAGUUGUUUGGAAGCAUUUGGAGCAUCAACUGGACCACAGGCCUUAUCAUCAUCAUCAUAUAAAUAAUAGCUAGAACAAUGAAAUGUUGGGCAAUCGAAACGUCGGGAGUCGCAAAUAUUAACAAUCACGGCCGAUAUUGCGACAAACGUCACUCGGGUAGUGACUAUGCGCGAGUACCGCGACGAUGACACCAUAAGUUCGAUCUAAAGCGCGCAGGACGACGCAGCGGCGGCGACGCGACGUCAGGUUGCGUCCGUCCCCGCUGCCGCUAUCGCGCGCUCUUAUGUAAUGAACGCGUCUGUCGUGGUGCACGUACCGCGUACGGUACCGCGCUGCGCAACCGCUUACCGCGGUUCUCCGAAGGACUCCGGAAGCAUCCGCCCGACCGUUCAGUCGGCCGGGCCGAAGUUUGCGCGGGGAGCAAAGCGGGACGAUCGUGUCCGAACGAGGCGCCCGCGAUGUAUUCGGGUUACUCCGUCACUGUCGAACGGAGCCCGCAAGAGGGCUAGUAGGAGGGAGAAAGAGGGACGAACGAAGAUACUGCGCGAGAGAGAGUCGGAGUAGCGAUAGGUUCGCGCAGGCUAGACGGAGACGCGGCGAGCCUAGAGAGGUGUACGCGAGUAUCAACCAGCUGGUUGGCAAGGGAGCCGCGAGCAGUCGCCAGUGAGACGCGGCAUCCCGCGAGCGCGCGUGUCGCUUGUUUGCUCGCUCGCUCGCUCGUUCGUUCGUUCGUUCGUCCGUCCGUCCGUCCGUACGUGCGCGCGCGCGUACGUCCGUGGACACGGGUGUUGUACGUGUCUCUCUCUCUCCCCCAUUUCCGUAGUGGCAACUCCGUGGUAGUCGCCGCACGUUCAUCCGAGACAGCGGUACGUUGUGCCUCUCUCCGCUCGCGCCUGGCACCUCAUUCUCGGAUACGACACUUGGCCCCCGCGAACGAGCAUCGUCUGCUGUCUCCUCCACAUUUCUUCUCCCUCGUUCUUACUCGCGCGCGCUCGCCCGUUUCGUUUCUCUCUCUCUCUCUCUCUCUCUCUCUCUCUCUAUCUUUCAUUCUCCGUGACUCUCUGGCCUUCCCCUCCUUCCUCGUCGGAAGCAGAGUGUGGUGCAUGUGUAUAGUUCUCCCGCGGCUCUGUGUGUGCUGUUUGUCCGCCUGUGGCUGUGUACUCGUGCGCGCAACGAGCGAACCAAGAUGGCCGCCGAUUCAGGAAUGGAGACGUGUCCCUCCCCGGAGAUUGCGGACUCGAGAAAGCGGCCGCUCGACUGCGACGCGGAGAACGGCGCGACCAAGAGAUCACACUAUGGAUCAGGAGGAGAUGGAACGUAUCACCUCAAAGUAUUGGUCCCAGGUGUGGCAGCCGGGGCCAUUAUCGGAAAAGGUGGUGACACAAUCGCUCAACUUCAAAAGGAUACAGGGGCAAGGGUGAAAAUGUCUAAAUCGCAUGAUUUUUAUCCGGGAACGACUGAAAGAGUAUGCCUGAUUACAGGCACUGUAGAUGCUAUAAUGGAAGUUAUGGAGUUUAUCAUGGAUAAAAUACGCGAGAAACCUGAUCUUACCUCAAAAACUACCGUUGAUUUCGAUUCUGGCAAAGCCACUGCGGAGAGAGACAAGCAGGUAAAAAUUUUGGUACCUAAUAGCACCGCGGGGAUGAUAAUAGGAAAAGCCGGAAAUUACAUUAAACAGAUCAAGGAAGAGUCCGGCUCGUAUGUCCAAAUAAGCCAGAAGGCUAAAGAUCUGUCUCUUCAAGAGCGGUGUAUAACGGUGAUCGGUGACAAAGAAAAUAAUCAUAGAGCGUUACACAUGAUCUUGGCGAAAGUGGCAGACGAUCCGCAGAGCGGAACUUGUCUGAACGUUAGUUACGCGGACGUAAGUGGUCCCGUUGCCAACUACAAUCCUACAGGCAGCCCGUACGCUCAAGCCCCCACGAGCACGCCUACGUACACGUCAACAGCUGGAUUGAACACGGAGGCAAACUCGUUGAUAUAUUCGAGUAAGCAGAUGAGCCUGUUGAACGGUGCGGGCUUAAGCCUGAAUCUAAAUCUGGGCGCGGCUAUUACAGCGGGUACAGCGCCGGUGACGACGCAGCUUCUCGAACACAUUAAACUGAACCUACGUACGACAGGUUUCUCCGAGCCCGCCGCUACGGAGAUACUCGCGGCGAUCGCGACCCUCGCCAAAUACAACAUCCUCGGAAUGGGCAUAGGAAUGCCGUCGAGCAUGAGCUAUCUGGGCAAUCCGAUGGACAGUACGACGACCGCGAACGGCUCGAACAACAACGGCGGUGUGUUCGGACCGAUCGGGACAGUUCCUGCGCUUGGAUCGACCUCGCCAACGCCGCGCAACACCCUCGAUCGGUACGAGCCGUUCGAUCCGUUCCGACAGAACAACACCGCCGCCAGCGCUAUUCAUCUGAACAACAAUUCGUUUGGCCUGGGCACUAACCAGUUAUCACUUGUAAGUAAGAGUCCUACACAGGUAGACGCCAACAACAAGGAGACCAAGAAAGUAGACAUAGAAAUUGCAGAGGUUAUAGUGGGAGCUAUUCUGGGACCCGGUGGUCGUGCCCUCAUUGAGAUUCAGCACCUAAGUGGCGCCAACAUACAAAUCUCUAAGAAGGGCAUGUUCGCCCCUGGUACCAGGAACCGCAUAGUGACUAUCACGGGUUAUCCCAAUGCGAUCAACACUGCUCAGUACUUGAUCGAGCAGAGGAUCAGUGAAGAGGAGGCGAAGCGAGCACGUCAGAAUGCCAUCGCCAGUAUGAUCCAUUGAUUUCAAGUACAGCAUUCUACUUGUUCAUCUCCAUUAUUGAGCUCCGUUGUUCACCUCUUCACGCCCUGAGAAGUUGGAGCGCCCAUAGACGCGGCGAUUCUGUUCUCUCCCUUAAUAUAAAUAUAUAUAUAUAUAUAUAUAUAUAUAUAUAUAUAUAUAUAUUUAUAUUCGUCCAUCGCCAAAUUUACCGCCCGUUGUCGAUUGUCAUCUAUCGCUGCGUUGUUGUCACUAUAGCGCUUGCAUUGUCGCAUCACUUACGUUCAUACAUCCAUCAUGGCUCGUCAACAUUUAUCUCUUUUAAGAUUAUUAUGAUACAUAUGAAUAUUAUGUAUGUUGUACGAUAUAUAACUACUACGAUUGUUCUGUGAUACACCACAUUACGGGGCUUUAUCACACACGACACGCGCGUACCGCAUCAGAGUUGCCACGAAUAACUAGUUGUUAGCGCGUAUGUAUUACCGCGUACUAUCGCGAGGUAAUCUAUCUGCGAUGCGAUUGUUAUCAAUUCGGGAUACGAGAAACGGCAUCUCUUUAGCCGCAAAUCUUUAUGGCACGCGACAUGUUACGCUAUCGGAAAUACGGAAAUGCUUCUUCUCGACAGACAGACGGCUCUUUGUCUGGAUCUAAUCGCCAAAGUGGUAUCUCCCGCUACUAAUUUGCCGUGAUCGUAAAGCUCAUACAGAACUUCAUCUUCAACGUCACCGUUAACGAAAACCGGUCAAUUAUCGAUUUCGAUAAUUGACCGGUCAACUGAAAUGUUGAGACACAAUUUUCCGAAUCAACGUUCGAAAUUGUCUUUCAAGAUGGGAAAUACUUAGACUAAUCGACUGUUCUCGCUUUUACUUUCUUUCUUUAUUUACUUUCUUCGCCAGAUAAUACACCUUGGCAAAACCAAAGAGUUUACGCGGCAUUUCAGGAAAAAGAUGACAAGCUCUCUUAGAGCUUGAAACAAAUGUCUAGCUCUUUUCCUGAAAUGCUCUGUAUAACGCAGAAAUCUUGGCUGCAAGUUGAUAUAUAAUAUAUCCAAAGUGUGAGAGCUAUUCUAUAUAUAAACAUAUAUUUAUAUAUUUACAAUAUCGCUGGCUGGCCCAGCUGAAUAAAUAAUAAAUAACUCUUUAUUGCCAAGUUACAUUACAUUCUUUUAAUUUCAAAGUGUUUUAAGUCUCCAUCUCCGAACGAAUCUUGUCUAAGUUUCUCGUAGAGCUUAGAUUAUACUGUUAUUUACAGUAAUUUACAGUAGCAAAACUAGAUUAACGUCAAACAUUGUUUAUUUAAUUUUUUAAUGUACGUUUCUAAGGGAUGGAAAUCUGCGUCAACACUUGUUCACUAGGAUAAGCAAUAUACCUUUUGCACAUCACCUUCUACAUUCUCGGAUAAUAAUUUGCGUAAUUAUUCCACUAUAUCUAUCUCCAACUUUUAGUCUAAUUAUUUCCUCUUCUAAGACGAUCAUCAGUUGACUGUGAUUAAGCUUCUUGUAUUUUGCAUGGUGUUUACUUGAGUCUUAUUUAAUCGGACUUGACAUUGGAAUUUCUUAUUACGUGCCUUUUGAGAGAAAGUAGCGCGUACUGGCGUUUGCUUUCUUCAAACAAGACGUAAACGCUUGCUUGUUUCAAACGUUCUUCGGAACUCUUUUAUUUACAUGAUCGUACCUUAUCUUCGAUUCGGUUCCCGCGUCGGACAUUUUACUCAUACAAAUUCCCGUGUUUUAAAUUUAAAAAUAUUGAUUCGAUUAUUCGAUCGCGUAGAUGCAUCGAUGCAAACACUCCAUUGAUCUAUUUUAAUCAUUAUUUUCAAGAAUUUCAAUUGCUAUUAUCAGAUUACGUAUUUUUUGGGUUCUGUAUGAUGAAAAGGAUGAAAAGGAUGAAAAGGAGCACUUCUAUAGAACGUUGCAAAAUUUUCUGUUUGCGAAUCAACUAAAUCCUAAAUGGAUAUUUUUAAUGAAUCACAUUUUUGCCAUGGAGAAGUCGGCAGACAUUGAAUAUAAAAAUUUUCGGAUAUAUUUGUUAUGUUUUCGACAUUCGAUUUGAAGAAGGAUAUUCGCUACGAAUAGAUGUUUUUAUAAUCAUUCUUUCUUUGGGGCUAGGUAAAUAGGAAGGGGUGAUAUAAGCUAGGUAGUAAAAUAAUUGAUAAUGGGUUUAGUUAAAAUGAUGAUUAUUAAAAAAAAUGUUAACUAUAUAACAUUAUAAAUGAGAUAUAUAACUGUACAUGAGUACAAUUCACAACUGGAGGCGCUGGCCCACCGCUCUUUAAAAAACAAUGACUUGUAUAUUUAUAAAUAUUGCAAAACAGGAAUGCGAAUAUAAUAUAUUAUGCAGAGAGAAAAAAAA